AUGCCGUUCCGUGCUGAUCUUAUUGUUGGAGGACUGGUGGAAGAGUUUGGACAUGAAUAUAAUCCAAGUUUCAUGAGCCGCGAGGAACAAAAAAUUCUCGAACGUGUUCGAAGAAUAUUGCGUGAUGGAAAAACUCAUGAGCUGAUCGUGUAUAGUGAGGAUGAAGAGGAAAUUGUCGGUGGAAUAGUAGAGGAUGAAAAUUGGACAGCAGACGAUGAUGGUCCCACUACUUAUGCUCUUCCGGACAAAGUAAAUUUCUCGGGAAAUCUAGUAGAUGUGGAGACUGU